CAGUUAUUUCCCCUCGUAGAAAAUAUCAGUUGCACUGUAUAAAGAGUAAAAAAUUCUAUUUCUCGUGCUGAAGUAAAUGGGUGGACUAUAAGAAAACUAAAUUUUGAAAACGAUCACUUUUCGCACAAUUGGAAUGUCACGUUAUUUCCAGCAAAGAAAUCUGAAGACUGUUGGAUAAAGUCAAAAUAUAUAAAUAUAGAACCUGUCCUGAAAAUACAAGAAAGAAAAGAAAAUGGUAUAUUUAAAGAUUGCUUUUGGGUUAGCAUCCAUUUUACUACUGUGUCAAAGUGUGUUGUCUCUGGAUAAUGGCCUUGCUUUGACACCACCAAUGGGUUGGCUCUCAUGGGAGAGAUUCCGAUGUAAUGUUGACUGUGAUACUGAUCCCGAUAACUGUAUCAGUGAGAGACUGUUUAUGCAAAUGGCAGAUCACAUUGUUGCUGAUGGCUUCAGAGAUCUCGGUUAUGAAUAUAUAAAUAUUGAUGACUGCUGGUUAGCAAAAGAAAGAGAUGCGGAAGGACGUUUGCAAGCUGAUCCUAAAAGAUUUCCUAAUGGUAUUAAAAAACUGGCACAAUAUAUUCACGGUAAGGGGCUUAAGUUAGGAAUCUAUGAAGAUUUUGGUACAAAGACUUGUGGUGGUUUCCCAGGUAGUGAGUUUUACAUGGAUAUUGAUGCCAAAACAUUUGCUGAAUGGGAAGUUGAUUUUCUGAAACUAGAUGGAUGUUAUUCUAAUGCAAACGAUAUGCCAUAUGGUUAUCCUCUAAUGGGAUCCUUUCUCAACAUGACGGGCAGACCAAUUCUUUAUUCUUGCAGCUGGCCAGAUUAUGUUUCUAAGCCUGACUACAAAGCUAUUGCAAAAUCAUGUAACAUUUGGCGUAACUACCAUGAUGUUCAGGAUUCUUGGGCUAGCAUUGCAUCAAUCAUUAAAUUCUAUGGAGAUAAUAAAGCAAAGUUUGCUGAAGUUGCUAAACCAGGACAAUUUAAUGAUCCGGACAUGUUGAUCAUUGGCGACUUUGGUUUGAGUGACAACCAGCAAAAAGUUCAGAUGGGUAUGUGGGCUAUAAUGGCAUCGCCUUUAAUUAUGUCAGUGGAUUUACGAAGUAUCAAACCAUUUGCUAAGGAACUGCUCACCAAUAAGCGUAUUAUUGCUGUAAACCAGGAUUCUCUUGGAAUUCAAGGAAAGAGGAUAUGGAAUGUAGACAACGUCGAUUACUGGAUGAAACCGAUAUUACCAAAUGGAAGUUAUGCCUUUGCCUUUGUAAAUUUCAACACCAAUGGUGUCCCUAAAAAAAUUGAUUUGAGUUUGAAAUAUCUGAACUUGACAGAACAUGCAGGAUAUAAACUUACUGAAGUGUUUGAUGGCAAGUUCCUCGGUGUCUAUUCACCAUCUUCCAAUUUUAAAGCUUCAGUUAACCCAACUGGUAUUUACAUGGUGACUGCUAUUCCCUUAGCAAAGACUACUCCAGUAUAAUGUUGUCAAUAAUCUUCUUAGGUUUUAAUUUGUGUGAAUGAAAACAAAUAAUAAAAAUUACAAAAAUAAAAGGAAAGUAAAGUUAUAACAUUAGGGAUACGAUUACAAAAUUAUCAAUAAGGUUUUUUUUAAUAUUAUAUCAUUCUCUUCAUACGUAAAAUAUAUAUUUUCUAUUCUUAUUUUUAAAAACAAUUUUACAUAAUUUUUUCUUAAUAAUAUUGUUUAAAAAGAAGAUUGUUCAUUUUAAAGAAUUUGAUAACUUGGAAUUUAUAUAAAAAAAGAAAGUAAAUAUAUGUAUAUAUUUAUUUGUAUAAGUCUUGAUCUUUGGAUAGGGCCCAAAGCUACAUGUUUGUGGUAGGAAAGUUAUACAAACUUUAAAUAAAAAAGAAACAUAUCAACAACUAAAUGAUAUAUGACAGGUAUAUCCUGACUACAGAAGGCUCAGAGACUUAGUGCUAAUCUAUGUAUUCUGUAGUUGUACAUGUAGGGAUCCCUGCAUAUUGCUUUGCUUGGAGGCCUUCAAAACUGCUAAGAUAGCCCUGCUCCUGACCAUACUUGCAUGGGAAAAUAGAUUCAAAGCCUAUGACAUUAAGCACACAUUAACACACACACACACGUAUCUGUGUGUAUGUUUGUGUGUUAAGUGUUUUUGUGUUGAAUGCUAACGUGGUGACAUUCAUAACUAACAGGAGAACCUCCCAUCUGAGAAAUCUAAAAAUAAACUAGAAGAAACAAAAAAAGAUUCAACACAAAAACAAAAAUAAAAUCAGUAUAAUGAUAUAUAGAAAACAUCACUAAACAAGAAAAGUGAAUUAUUGUGGGCACAUCUGAUGUGAUCCUGUUUACUACCACAUUCCAUUUUAUUUUAACAUGCAAAAAAUAAUGAAAUCAGAAAAGUAAUAUGAUUAACACCAGAAAUAAGAACAAAAAUAAUAAAUGAAAGGGAAACUUCACAAAAAUCAUCAAAGAAAAUUAUUUGCUACUUGCGUUGUUUGUAUGACUUUCAAUUUUGUAUUUAUUCCUUUCUAUUAAACUGAACACCUUUCUCAUA